GGAGACAUUUGUAGGAGUUUUGUGGGUCAAAGGUUCAACAGUAUUGUAGUCGUUAACAGUUUAUUAAUUUUUAAGCGUCUCGAACAGGUUCAUCGACAUGGAAUGUUCAAAUCGGAAAGGGAUUGGAAAAUUGGUUUAAAAUCCCGCGUAGGUUUUGUUGCAGGCAUCAUUCUUCCGUCAGCAACUAAGAUCUUCAUUACUUUUUGCUGUGUUUUAAUAAUUUUCGUUUGUUUGCUGGAAGUUUUGUGGGAUGGAAGCACUUAACUGCCCGCUGCUGUCGGUGAAUGUGCGCGUUUGGCACUUCUGGUCGUUUGUGCUGGUGCACAACUGGAGACGCUACAUCAGCAUCAUUCCCGUAACGCUGCUGAACGUGUUCAUGUUUGCCGAUCUGUAUCGGGCCUGGGGCAACAUCGAGGAAGUCAUUAUUAAUGCUUAUUUUGCGGUGCUCUAUUUCAACGCGGUGCUGCGAACGCUUAUACUGGUUUACAAUCGAGAUAAGUAUGAAUGCUUCCUUACUGGAGCAGCUAAAAUCCACAAAGAAUUAAGGAAUAACAACGAUGAAACAAUCACGAAAAUAGUAGACACAUACACCAAACGAGCCCGCUAUCUGUCUAUUUCUAACCUGAUACUUGGAGCUAUCAUUAGUAGCUGCUUCGUAGUAUACCCUUUAUUUACUGGAGAAAGAAGACUUCCGUACGGCAUCUACAUACCGGGCAUUAAGAUCUUCGAUUCCCCUCAGUAUGAAAUGUUCUACAUCGCACAGGCAGUACUUACCUUUCCUGGAUGUUGCAUGCAUGUACCCUACACAAGUUUCUUUGCGUCAAGCACACUCUUAGGUAUGGUACAGAUCAAGACCCUUCAGCAUCGGUUAAGAAAUUUCCGAUCUGACAUUGCGAAUGAAGGACUUUCAGCGUUGAAAAGGAAACUCCAUCAGUUGAUUGAAGAUCACUUACGUAUUAUUCGAUAUGUAAAGGACAUCAACGAUCUGGUGACCUACAUCUGUCUCAUAGAAUUUCUAUCAUUUGGACUGAUACUUUGUGCGCUACUGUUUUUACUUAACGUCAUUAAUGUUAUGGCACAAAUAGUGAUUGUUGUGGCGUACAUAUUCUCAAUGCUUGCGCAAAUUUUCGCCUUCUAUUGGCACUCGAAUGAGGUACGGGAGGAGAGCAUGAAAAUUGCCGAAGCCGCCUACAGUGGACCAUGGGUUGAGGUGGAAAACUCCAUCAAAAAGAAGCUUCUGCUUAUCAUUAUACGUGCUCAGCGGCCACUUGAGAUAACCGUUGGCAACCUUUAUCCGAUGACGUUGGAAAUGUUUCAAUCGCUUCUUAACGUGUCUUACUCUUACUUUACAAUCUUGAGGAGGUUAUACAAUUAAUUCCACCAAUUUACUUACAAAAAUAUUUCUAAAUAAAAAGUCUAAGAUAUGAUAAAGUAAU